GUCCAUCUGAGUUUAGUGAACACGACUUAUUCGAUAAACAUGGCAACCGCCGACCCCGUCUCAAUAGCUUUCAUCCACUUCAUCACCGAGCACUGGCCAUACCUCGGCGCAGGCCUGCUCGUACUCUGCGUACUACUUGUUCAAAGAAGAAGCCCAGCUCCAACCCACGAAGACCCCAAGAAGAAUCUCCCAACACCUCAAAUCGACCCCCUCGUCGACUUCGACUGGACUAAAACUGAGCCCCUCGUCCUCCGGCCCUUCAAACCCCGCUACCACAUCACAAUGGGAAUCGAAACGACCACCCUCUCCGAAAUCGUCCAAAUCGACAAACACUACCUCUCGCGCAUCCAGCUCCGCACCGCCCUCAUCCAGCACAAGAAACCCGCCGUGCUGGGCACGACCCCGCGCGCCGUCCCCGCCGUCCGCGAGCUCUACACCUUUUUGGUCAACGACUACCUCCCGCAGCGGUACGGGGCAAUCUUCCACCGCCUCCCACCGUCCCCCAACCACCCAGAAUCAAUCACCAACGUCAUCACCGGAGAAACCAUCCCCUGCACACCCCCCACAGACCCCGAAGAAGCCCUCGCUAUCAUCGGCCGCCAAGUCGAGGAGGACUUUUUGCUCCUUCUCCCUCCUCCUCCUCCUUCGCCCACCAUCUCCACAACCGGACCAAAAACGGAACCCAGGGCGGAGGACUUUGAGAAUAAGCAAAUGUCGCUCGAGGCAUUCAUCGGCUGCUUCCCGAACGGCUUCAGCUGGGCGGACAAAUUCACCAAAUCGCUGGCGGCCAUCCAUGUCCCCGUGCCGGAUUACACGGCCAAGUUGAGGGGGAGUAUGGAUCGUUAUCUGGGGCGGUUGGCGGUGGGGACUGUUGUUAAGCGGGCGAAUUGGACCGUGUCCGUGGACGGGGAGCUGCAUGCGGCCGACAGUAUGCAUUUGUACGAAGGGGAGACGGUGGAGGAGGUGGAGGUGUUGGACGUUGAGAAGGCCCGAUUGCGGUGCGAGAGACAGGUGCUCUUCCGGCUGCCCCGCUCCAACGCGGUGGUGUUUGUGGUCCGCACGUAUAUGUACCCUUUGCAGGAGAUCAAGGAGGAAGGUAGUGGGCCGAGGAUGGUGGAGGCUAUCGCUGGGCUGAAGGCGGGCAGCUCCCCGGGGUUCCAUUUCUACAAGCGCGCGGCCGUCUGGCAGAGGGCUGUGAGUGAGUUUUUGGUCGGGAAGGGCGGGGGUUGUGCAGAGUAGGAGAUUUACCGG